CUCAUCACCUUUGUUUUAUACAUAGUCCCCCUUGAUGUUCCGUCCCAAGAUCCCCUUUUUCCACAAGCUCUCGCACAAGCGCCAGAUCUGGUCCAGCUACCGCUCCCUGCUGCGCCUGGCGCACCGCUUCACCGAUCCGGUCGAACGCACCUACCUGCACUCGUGGAUCCGCGAACGCUUCCACACCAACACAUUCCAGACAUCGCCACAAAAGGUCGCCACCAGCCUUAGCGACGCCAAAUGGGCCGAGCUCGUACUCGCCAGCGCGCUUGACGGCAACGCAUCCCAGCAGCAGCUUAUCUCCGACCUCGCAUACGCGCGCACUGGCUAUCUGCACACAAUCCGCCAGCGCCUGGCCGAAUUCCACCACCCAACUAAAUCCUGCCAAUUAAUCCGCGACGUGCGCCCAUCACACAGCCGCCGCCGACAGCCGCACCCGGCCUACCGCAUCCCUGUGGAUCCGCGCGCCAUCCCCAUCCCGCCCCAUUUGCUUGCCCGUAUCCAUGACGAGGACGCCCGCGAGCAGCGCCGUCUGAAGGCCCUGCGCACGAAACAGGACAGAGCGCGGGCGCGCCAGAUCUCUGCCCUGGCUGCAGCCGUCAACCAGGGAAGCUGUGCUAUGGACUCUGGCCUGGUCCCCGGCGCCUUCAUGCCCUCGGACUCCUUGCCGGGCAUCAAUGGCAACCCUGCGUAUCUUCCACCCAAACCAAAGUACUCUGUGGACCCGCCGCUUGUUCAGCACGUGCGCGCCUCCAGCGGCUUCGAGUUCCUGCGCGUCAAUUCCCGCAAGCCCUCCCACGCCCUAAGCGCCCGUAUUGCCAAAUCUUUCCGCGAUGUCGCAAAGUGGCUCCAUAGACACGAGUUCUUCUUUUACUUCACCGAGGACCUCAAGCUCGAGGAAGAGUUCGAGCAAAGGCUUGGUAUCGAGGAUCCCGGAUACUGGGUCUAUGCCAGGAACUACCGCAACUUUCUCAGAAACCGCAUCCGCACCUUUGCCCAGCAGACUGAGUCGGUUGAGAAUCCUGACAUCUCCCGCAUGAUCCGCGAGGGGAUGCCCGAGUACCGCAUGCUUGAGGAAUACGUCGAUAGCCACGACCGCGAGCUUGACGCAAAAAAUAAAAACUGAAAAUGCA